AUGUCUUCUACGACGCCCACCAAAGCCUGCGUGCCGUGUCGCGUGCGCAAGACAAAGUGCGACGCGGCGGCGGCCGGCCUUCCGUGCAGCGGCUGUGUAAGCCGCAACUGCGCAGAAAAGUGCGUGAUUUUGACGCGCAAAAAGCGCAAAAGGCCCGGUGAAGAAGAUGAAGAAGAAGAAGCCGCGGAGAGCGGCGCCGCCGCGGUCUUGUCUCAGCAGCCUCUCACUACGACGGGAAGCAAGGCGCAGCCCUGGUCGCACAGCCCCGAGGCGCCUACCCCCGACUCCCUCGACAAGCGGCAGUCCCAGCUGCACUACUUUUGCAUCCUGCGAGACGCCGUCGACGACGGAGCGCUUGACGAUCAGGACGAUGCGCUCGGGACGCCGCUCGGCCGGCAAGACCACGACGACGACGCGCCUCGGCAGCGGGCGCCGCAACUAGAUGACGCGGACAGGGAGUAUCUCGACAAGAAGGGGGUAAUCGCCCUCGUCACCGUCUACUUUGCCAUGCUGGAGCCAUACGCGCCCAUCAUCGACAGGGCCGACUUUGCGCGCCAGUUUGACGCGGGAACGUGCUCGCUCUUCCUGCUCUACGCCAUGCUGGCCACGGCGAGCCUCUACGUGCCCGGCGCGGUGAUUGACGCGUGCGGCGCCUUCGCCGGCAGGGCCGAGGCGCAGGCCGCCUUUGCGGCGCGCGCCGCGCUGCUCUACGACUUUCAGGUGGAAACCGAUGCGCUGACGCUGCUGCAGGGCUCGCUCCUCUUGACAAAGGUCCUCCCGGAGCACCAGACGGAAAAGGACUCCAACUACUGGUUCUACAACGCGCUUCGCCUGGCUACCCGGCUUCAGCUCUACAGCCGGCAAAAGGUUACAUCGGAGUGCGAGGCCGGAUGGGAAAUCGGGAUUGUAUUCGCGGAUUGCCUGGGCUCUUCAUACUUGGAACCGCCCAAGAUGAGCGACUGGAGCAUAGAACGGAUUCCAAAACAAUACCGCGACAUUGUGCCUCCCACCACUAGCCAGCAGAAAGCCUUGUUCAUCGCCAUUUGCAAGCUGGGAACCAUAUGUGAGCCCAUGCCGCCUCCAACCUCGCACUAUCACUACUCCGUACACAUUCUAACGGAGACGAAUGAGACACUAGAUGGCGAAAUCCUGCCGCGUAUUGUGCAAGAUCCGUGUGUUGAUCUCGCGCAGCUCAUGCGGCCACUGGAAUUCUGGCGCAUGUCGCUUCCCACGCAGUUGCAGCUCGGCGACCAGCCGCCCAACAGCAACAUCCACCACCUCGACGUACUCGGCACCAGCUACCGGUACGAGGCCACGCUGUGCCGCCUGAUCCAGCGGCAGCUCCGGUCCGUGGACGCGGCGAAGAGCAGCCUGGCCAAGCAGCGACUGCGCUCUGCGAUGCUCGAGCUCGACGGCAUCACGGGAAAGCUACUGGCCAACGACAUGAUGAACAAGAUUCCCAUCUCACUGCAAGCGGCGCUGGACCCGUCCGAGUCGGAGCUGGCCCGGUCCAUGGCGCGCCUGUCCAUCAGCCAGGCCAUGCUGGCGCUGCACCAGCUGCGCGAGAUACCGGCCAUUAAGAAGGCGCUGCCGCUCUUUGAACUGAUACUCUCGCGGAAGAAGCUCCAUGGGAACUACAGCGGCGCGCCGCCAGAGGCCGCCGGGGAUGCGCAGUGGGACGGGGCGGACGUGGUGUUGCGGUCGGAGCAGCAGGGUGGUGCCGAGACGGACGGCGGCGUGUCUUUUGAUUCGUUUGUCCAGGAGUUCUUGGAGUACGACACGCUGGGCCGAUGGGAGUUUGGACAGCUGGACUUUUCGCGUCUCGUCUAG